CUGUCUCCCGCCCUUGCCGCUUGCUCGGUCCGGCCCCCUCGACUCUCUAGUCCCCGCCGUGGCUGCGGCGCUGGGGCAUUUCCCUGCGGUUCGGCUCGCAGACCCCGGCUCCCGCGCAGCCGGCUCCUGGCUCCGGGCACAUGCAGGCGAUCAAAUGCGUGGUGGUCGGCGACGGAGCCGUGGGGAAGACAUGCCUGCUAAUCAGCUACACCACCAAUGCCUUCCCUGGAGAAUACAUCCCUACCGUUUUUGACAAUUACUCAGCCAAUGUGAUGGUAGAUGGAAAGCCAGUGAACCUGGGACUUUGGGAUACAGCUGGGCAGGAAGACUAUGAUCGGCUUCGACCCCUCUCUUAUCCCCAGACUGAUGUCUUCCUGAUCUGCUUCUCCCUGGUGAGCCCAGCCUCCUUCGAGAAUGUCCGUGCCAAGUGGUACCCUGAGGUGCGACAUCAUUGUCCCAAUACACCAAUAAUCCUCGUGGGCACCAAGCUUGACCUUCGAGAUGACAAGGACACCAUUGAACGGCUUCGGGACAAGAAGCUGGCCCCCAUCACUUACCCCCAGGGCCUGGCCAUGGCCCGGGAGAUUGGUUCUGUCAAAUACCUGGAGUGCUCAGCAUUGACUCAGCGGGGGCUCAAGACAGUGUUUGAUGAAGCUAUUCGGGCAGUGCUGUGUCCCCCACCCAUUAAGAAACCUGGAAAGAAGUGUACUGUGUUCUAAACCUUGCCCAGAGAAUCCUACUCCAGGGGGCCUGAGUGGUGAGAAGGGCUAGGAGCCCAAGGGCCAGGAGGUUGGGAUAAUGUCUCAAACCCCUAAGUAUGGUGUCAUUGUUCAAAUGUUUGAUUUUCCUUCAGUCUGAGAUGACGUGGGUAUAGGGAGUGGGAAUAUAGAGUGGGAGUGGGGUGGGAAAGGGAGGCUUGGGCUCUGGAGUGGAAAGAUCAGCACAAGGAACAGAGCAUGCUGUCCUGGAGGGGCUGGAGGGAGGGCUGAUAAGGAAGAGAAGAAGUCCUUGUUCUCUCCUACUCAGGUCUGGGAAGCACAGCCUGAAGCUUCCUCUCACUCUGCUCUGUACCCAGGAACCCAGAAAUCCAGGUCUCCAGCUAGCACAGGAGGGAGCAGGGUCUCUCUCAGAGAGGAAAAGGGGCAUGACCAGGGUAGCCUCCCAGGUUGGGGAGGGUGGGGAACAGGGGGGUGGAAGUAUGUAAUUGUGGGGUCUAUUCAUCUUGUCCCAGGACAGGGUCAUCAUCCCUUAUUUUAUACAAUAAACAUUCUUCAUGAA